AUGUCGAAGAGAAUAAUGUGUGAAGUAUUCUGUACUGCUGAAGACUUAGGAAUGAACAUCUUUUAUAGCGAUACGGACAGUAUGCAUCUCUACAAUGAAGAUAUCCCUCGUUUAGCUGAAGAGUUUGAGAAACGUUAUGGAAGAGUUCUCAUUGGUAAAAACCUUGGUCAAUUUCAUUCUGACUUCGCAGAAAUAACACCUGGAAAACAAAGUUUAGCAUACAAGUCAAUAUUUUGUGGAAAGAAGACUUACAUAGACUUACUCACGAAUGAUUUAAAUGAAGUUGCAUUUCACUGCAGAAUGAAAGGCGUGAAGCAAGAUGUUAUUGCUUUAACCGCUAAUGAAAUGUUUCCUGACUCUGUUCAGUGUUUCUAUGAUGAAGAUAAAGGUUUAAUGGUUCCGCAAGGAAAAUUUGACAAAGACUCUGAGUUCAGUGUUAUGAAGUUAUAUAAAGCACUUUAUGAUGGUCAAGAGAUUGGAUUUGACUUAUGUAAGUCUUCUAGUCCUUGCUUUGCUGAAAAGUUUAACUUCUCAAUAACGAAUAAAACAAGCUUUAUUCGUAAGUUGAAGUUCUGA